UCCUGAAUAAUAUCUCAAUUUUAAGUUGAUACGUUAUAUGUUUAGAAAUGGAUACUCUGGAAGUGACUGAUUUUGAGAAUGUUUGUCGUAUUUGUAUGAAAUAUGAUAAAGAAUUUUUAAAAAUUAAUUCAUUUAAAAUAAUUGAUAUGGUAAUAGCGUGUGCUUCUGUACAGAUCUGGGAAAAUGAUGAUCUACCAAAUCAAAUAUGUAACGCUUGUUUUCUUCAAUUACAAAAUACCAUCAAUUUCAAACAAAUGUGUGAAAGUUCAGACAAAGCAUUUCGUCAAAUUAUUCAGCGCAAUAAAAUUAAUAGUAACCAAAUUAAUUUUAUUAACGUAAAAGAUGAAGAAUUCGAAGAUUAUGCUGAUGAUAAUUCUAUAAUAGAUAUCAAAGAAGAAGAUAUUCUUGAAAAUGCCAAAAACGAAAACACUUUGGAAAAUAUAAAAAUUAGAAUUGGUCAAAAUCAAAAUGAUUCUGGAAAAUUAGAAACAGACAACAUUAGAAAUAAAAAUAUGCCGGAAAUGAAUGAAAUGCAAAUAUCAAUUAAUGUCAAAGAAGAAAAUGAUACCUGCAAACACAUUAAAGAGGAGGAAAAUGUCACAGAAACUUUCAACUGUGAGAAGUGUAAUAAAGAAUUUAGAAAAGCGUGGAUACUGAGUCAACAUAUGUAUCGUAAACACAGAGCGAAACCGUUAAAAUGUAAUAAAUGUAAAAUAAAAUGCUAUCAUUCAUUACAUUUAAAAGAACAUCAGGAGUUAGCGCACAAUACAUCGAAUCUUACUUGUAAAAAAUGCAACCAAAUAUGUUCAAAUAUUUAUAAAUUAAAAUACCAUAAAUGCAAACAAAUUUCAUCUAAAUUGUUACAAUGUUCACGAUGCGACAAAUCAUUUAACGAUAAACAAGAGCUAAAAUGUCACAAUAAAGAAGAACAUGUAACAUUAGAAAAAUAUGUAACAUGUCAUAUUUGUGGUAAAUCAGUAACGAAAAAAAAUAUAAAAGUACAUUUGGUAAUCCACGAAGAACGUAAUACAAUCAAGUGUGAUGUUUGUUCAAAAACAUUCUUGCAUCAGAAAAAUUUAGAACGACAUGUUAAAGUGCUACAUGAAAAGCAAAUACGUGCACGUAAUUAUUUAUGUAAUAUUUGCGGACAUGCAUCACUUUCAGCGCCUUUUUUACGUAAACAUUUAAGAACUCAUUCAACUGAACGACCGUAUGCGUGUGAACAUUGUGAUAAAACGUAUCGUUCUGAACUUAAUUUAAAAGAGCAUGUUUCAAAAGUGCAUUUAAAUCAACGAAGAUUUCAGUGUACAUUUUGUUCACAAGCCUUUUUCGAAAAGAGACAUUUAGUGCAUCAUGAACGUCGUCAUACGGGUGAAAAACCACAUAAAUGUGAAGUAUGUGGUAAAAGGUUUAUACAAAAAAUUGCAUUAAAAAUUCACAUGAAAACGCAUACGAACUCAAGUGAGAAUUUAAUGCAAAGCUGAUUUUAGAUUUCUUUCUAAUAUUUAUUAUUAAGUUCUUCUUCGGUGUAGUACGUUAACUGUGUGAUUGAAAUACCCAAGUGCUCUACAGGUUGGUAGUGCCUCUAGUAGGGUCGAGUUAACACGAGUAUGUGUGUUUUCUGGUUAACGUAAACCUUGUAAUAUUUAGGUGUUCUACGUUUUAACUGUUGAAGUCUUGCGUGAUUGUUGGAAGGAUAGAUUAUCCAAAAACAAAACUAAUGUAGGAUAUAUUCCUAGGACUAAAUGGUCAGAAGAUUAAUUUACGAGGACGAAAUGAUUAGAGUUUGAAAUUUCGAGGACAAAAUAACUGAUCGGGAUGAAAUUUACAAGAAUGAAUCAACAUGUAAUCAAGAAUGAAUCAACAUCCAAAAAAUCAGUUUGUUACAACGUCUCUCGCCUGUAAAUCAUUCAGUUACAAAGAGUAUUUAAAUUAAAUCCCCGCCAAGAGGCAUAUUAUAUUCAAUAGUAAUAUAUAUUUCUCCACCUCCAAUUUACAUUACAUAUGGAGUAACAA